GCAGUUAAAGCAGCAGCUGCUUAGAGGUGCUUUGACAGCUUUUAAGUUGAUCUCAGAUGAUGAAAAGCUGUGCUUGGGACCGUACCUAGACUAACCAAAUGCACGGCAGGGUUUUCUGCUGCUUUUUGACGGUAAUAUUUCAUGUCUUGUCAGAUGUGGGCCAAAUAAAUAGGGGUGGGCUGUGGUAAGAGGAACAGGAAGAGAGGAGACGAGAGAGAAGGUAGCAAGGCAGACAGAAAGGGCUUGUCACGUCGGCAUGUGAAGCUCUUUUCGUAGCAGGGUUUUUUUUUUUUUACCUCACAAGAAUAUUGACAAGACGAGGGACAAACUAAAAAUGCUGUGCUCCGUCUGUGGUGACUUCAAGAGAUGAUGCUUUGAUGAGACAAAUUUCAAAACAUAAAGGGCUUUGACAGUGAGAUUAAUGGACUACACAGAGAUCAAAGUUGAAAUGGCUGAAGGGGGGCUGCUGGAACCUCUCUUCAUCACCGAAGAGGGAGACGAAACCGAGGGUGCCGCUGAAAGAGAGGCAUCGAGCCGUUCGGUUGCCAUCGCGCAGAGCCCCAGCGGAGAGUCGGCUCUAAAAAAGGAAGAGGAACACGCAGGAGAGCACAAGAAUGAAGACGACAUAGCGACUAAAAUGUGUUUAGAAGAUCAGAGCCUGGAAAAAUCGCAAGCCAACGCGGAGGACGGCCAGACAGGAGAGGCUGUUGUGAAUGAAGAGGACAAACAAGAAGAUGAUAAACCAGAGGAAACUGAGAACAUGAGUGAUGGACAAAACAGAGGUGAUAGUGAGAGUGAAGGGCAGACACAUGAGGUGACGAGCAUUAAUGAAAAACCUGAGAAACCUGCAGACACAGAGGGUGAAGAAGCUAAACAAAAUGAACCUCAAGUGGACAUACGGAGGUUAAAGUCCUCUGAGCAACAACCUGAAGGGACUAAAAGCCAAGAAGUGGAUCCAAAAAAGGCUCACCGGUUAACUCCUGACUUCCCGGAGGCCCUGUACGAGCUGCUCUGCACCCUUCAGGAGGGGAGACGGCUCAAUGACCAGCGCUGCUCCUUCAGGCUGGAGAGUGGGGUCAGGAGGAGGAGGUGCCACUCGGAGCCCAACACCACCAGGCCCGUCAACAGAGUCGUCUUCUCCUCCAUGACUUCACUGCAGAAAGAGGAGUUUUUUGAUCUGGUCGCCACCGCUCAAGCUCGCCGGCUGGACGACCAGAGGGCGCAGCUCGAAAGAUCUCCACCACCAAAAGCAAAAGCCAGAAGUUUCAGAGGCAGCAUAAAGCAACUCUCUUUUGUGAAAAAGCCCGCGCCGGUUCCCGCGCCGGUUCCCGUGCCCAAAGAGGAUCUGUAUAAUAUGAUUCUCACGACACAAGCCCAGGGCAGGCUGGAGGACCAGCGCAGCAGAGCUCCUGGUCCCAUGGACGAUGAGGACUUCUUCUCCCUGCUCCUGAGGGUCCAGGGGGGACGCAUGGAUGAGCAGAGAACUGAACUACCGUGCAUGCUGCAAACCUGAGAUGGAGAAUGAAAAAAACUGUGGGAGCCAUCCAGUAUUGAAGCCUUUUAGCCUGAUUUUUUUUUGUUGUUGUUGCCCACGAUGAUGCUUGGUUUUUAGGGAACUGCUAUCCCUCUUGAUAGUCAAAUGGUCAGUGUUAAAGCUCUUGGGAUUGUAGCAAAGACGCUAAUGUUUGAGCAGCAGAGCUUUUAAUGUGACUUGAGGGACGUUCCUGAUGAGAUUGUGAAGUUUACUGCUAGUUAGUUACUUUUUUCUUUCCUCAUGAGUAGGAUCAGUAGAUAUGAUUUCUUAUCUCACCAAAUUUUGGAUUGUCUUGAGACUCUGCGAUGAGUGCUCCCAUUCCUAUCGUAGAGGAGGCAGUCUGCUGGUCUCUGUUGUUUCUCCUUAUUUGUACAGUAGACAUGAAACACACCAGACAUGGUGGUGAGGAGAAAAUAGCCCCAAGGCCACACAGUGCUUGACUGUAUGUAGAUAAUUCUCCGCUGGAAAAUAAACCAAACGUGUGACUGA